AUGAAGAUGGAAGAAGAGAAAGUGGAGCUGAGAGAAAUGGACAAAUCCCCAGAAGACAAGGUCGGAAAGGGAGCUAAACCGCCCAACAAGUUCGAGAGAACAAUCCAGCCAUGCAUUGCUGAGCUUAUCGGGACUAUGUUUUUCGUCUUCAUUGGUUGUGUAUCGGUGAUUGAGAAUGUUGAGGCAGCGGGUCGUCUGCAGCCAGCACUAGUGCACGGGUUGGCAGUAGCUGUAAUGGUAGCAUGUAUGGCAGAGAUCAGUGGAUCUCAUUUCAACCCACCAUUUACUUUGGCCAUUUACUUAUGUGGAGGAAUGCAGUUAACAAUGGUUAUCCCGUAUCUUAUCAGCCAACUUGUUGGAGGUGUGCUUGGUGCUGCCAUGUCAAAGCUCAUGACAUCGAAGGAAAACUAUAUCAAUGCCAGUGGUGCAGCUUUUACCAUUCUAAAAUCAGAUGAACAACUACCAGGGGCUAUCUUUGCUGAGCUGGCAAUGACAUGUCUGGUGACUAUGGUGGUGGUGAUGGGAGCAGUAAAUGGGAAAACCAAGAGUCCCAUGGUACCUUUCCUGGUGGGCUGCACUGUGCUCUUUAACAUCCUGGCAGGAGGUGAUGUAUCUGGCACCUGUUUGAACCCUGCAAGAGCUUUGGGACCUGCACUGCUAGCCGGUUACUGGAAUUAUCACUGGGUAUACUGGAUUGGUCCUAUUGGAGGAGGUUUAAUAGCUGCAGCGCUUGUAAGGCUCCUGCUUGGUGAUGAGAAGAUUCGAGUUAUAAUGAAAUGA